CGCUAAAAAAUUUAAGCACGUGUUUUGUAUCGCCGUAUCUCCAAUCUGAAAGUAAAUCACUAAACACAAAAAAGAUCCUGCUUGACAAAUUUUUCAAUCGCUGUGUUUGACACAUAUACCAAUUGUGUAUUUAAGUAAACAACUUAAAAGGAAUAAAUUGCUUGCAUAACGAGAAACUAUUUGAAUAGUUGAUCGGCAAAGUAGCUUUUUUGUUUACCAUAAUAAUACACCUUGGCUUCUGUCGGAAUAUUGCAAACGAAGGAAAGUGGUCCUUCUUAGUUGUCUUUUCCCUCCUUCUUUAAAAAAAUAGGAAUUUUUGGCUCAUUACUUUUUUAAUCUUGAUUGUUAGCGAUUAUCGUUUCUAUUCUCGACUAUCCAUAAGAGAAGCGAAUUAUGUUAUUUCUUCGUAAGGGAUUCCUCUCCCAGAUGGGGAGAUUUGCAGCUGUUAAUGCAAAUGCAUCCACAAGAUUUUGCUCUUUACGAUUUGCUCACAAACCGUCCUUUACUGCUGACUCUUAUCCGUUUCUUAAGCGGGAUCCCCGGUACGCUACUUUAAAUGAAACAGACAUUGAUUUCUUCAAAAAUGUUGUCAAAAGCGAAGGAGGAUCUAUUGUUAAUGGUCUUGAUAAAUCCACAGAUCCUUCUGAUUUAGACGCGUUUAACAUCGACUGGACUAACAAGUAUCGCGGAAAAACCGAAUUGGUCAUCAAACCAAAAACAACUCAACAAGUAAGCCAAAUCCUCAAAUACUGCAAUUCCAGAAAACUCGCGGUUGUUCCACAAGGUGGAAACACCGGUUUAGUUGGUGGUUCUAUCCCAGUUUUUGAUGAAGUCGUUUUAAAUUUAGGUCUCAUGAACAAAAUCCAUUCUUUUGACGAACUCUCUGGUGUUCUCAGUUUGGAUGCUGGUGUUAUCUUGGAAAAUGCAGACACUUUUCUGGCUGAAAAGGAUCACAUGUUUCCUCUAGACCUUGGUGCGAAAGGAAGCUGUCAAGUUGGUGGCUGUGCUGCUACUGCAGCCGGCGGACUUCGCUUACUUCGUUACGGUAGUCUUCGUGGAACAAUCCUUGGAAUUGAGGCCGUCUUACCUGACGGUACCGUUCUUGACAACAUGGUUACCUUACGCAAGGAUAACACUGGUUUGGAUCUCAAGCAGCUUUUCAUCGGAAGUGAAGGUUAUUUAGGUAUCAUCACCCGUCUUACUAUUAUUUGUCCCCGUAGACCUCGUUCAACCAACGUUGCUUUCUUUGGCGUACCUUCUUACGAAAACGUUCUGAAAGCGUUCUCCGAAUCAAAGUCUCAUCUUACUGAAAUCCUUUCUGCCUUUGAAUUGAUGGAUAAUACAUCCCAACGUCUUGUGGAUGCUCACAGUUCUACUCAACGUCCAGUCGAAGAUGAACAUCCAUUUUAUGUUUUGCUCGAAACCCAGGGUUCCAACAAGGAUCAUGACGAGCAAAAGCUAAAUGCACUUAUUGAAAACUUGAUAGAAAAUGAAAUCAUUACUGAUGGUGUAAUCGCUCAGGAUGAAAGUCAAUUACGCGUGCUUUGGGAACGCCGAGAGGGCAUCACUGAAUGUCUUGCUAAAGCAGGUUCUGGUGUUUACAAAUACGAUGUUUCUUUACCUUUAGGGGUUUUAUAUGACUUGGUAAACGACACCAAACAAAGAUUAAUAGAUUUAGAUUUACUUGGCGAAUCUUCUGAUCAUCCAGUCAUUGAUGUUGUAGGCUUUGGUCACAUGGGUGAUGGAAACCUGCACUUAAACAUUGCUGUACGAAAUUAUGAUAAGCGUGUCGAAAAUGCUCUCCAGCCUUGGGUAUUUGAAUGGGUCGCUUCUCAGCGUGGCUCAAUCUCAGCAGAGCAUGGCUUAGGUCUUUUAAAAAAGCCAUACGUUGGAUAUUCAAAAACCCCCGAAAUGAUUGCAUUAAUGAAGAAUUUGAAGAACGUCUUUGAUCCUAAUGGAAUUAUGCUGCCCUAUAAAUACGUUUAGAGCGUAGAUAAAUCACUAAAACCAACCCUUGCAAAAAUAGUAUUUAGACAUAUAAAUAUAUAUGUAUAUUUAAAUCAUACAUUACCACCCUAUUUACCUA